ACGGGAAAACCUUCUUUGGAUUUACCUAAGAUUUUUGGAAUUCAUUUAUUUCUUUCAGGACUGGCUUGUUUUGGGUUUGGCGCAUUUCAUGUAACGGGGUUGUAUGGUCCUGGAAUAUGGGUGUCCGAUCCUUAUGGACUAACCGGAAGGGUACAAUCUGUAAAUCCAGCGUGGGGUGUGGAAGGUUUUGAUCCUUUUGUUCCGGAAGGAAUAGCCUCUCAUCAUAUUGCAGUAGGGACAUUGGGCAUAUUAGCAGGUCUAUUCCAUCUUAGUGUCUGUCCGCCCCAACGUCUAUACAAAGGAUUACGUAUGGGAAAUAUUGAAACCGUCCUUUCCAGUAGUAUCGCUGCUGUUUUUUUUGCCGCUUUUGUUGUUGCUGGAACUAUGUGGUAUGGUUCAGCAACUACCCCGAUUGAAUUAUUUGGUCCCACUCGUUAUCAAUGGGAUCAGGGAUACUUCCAGCAAGAAAUAUAUCGACGAGUUGGUGCUGGGCUAGCCGAAAAUCAAAGUUUAUCAGAAGCUUGGUCUAAAAUUCCUGAAAAAUUAUCUUUUUAUGAUUACAUCGGCAAUAAUCCGGCAAAGGGGGGAUUAUUCAGAGCGGGCUCAAUGGACAACGGGGAUGGAAUAGCUGUUGGGUGGUUAACACUUACAAGCUAG